UCGAGAGUACGGCACUGCGGCUGGGCCCACCUCUACUCUCCUGGCGAGAGUCCGUCUCCUAAGGGCAGAGUUUUAAAUCGCGUUCAACUAAAACCUUCGCGUCGCCGUGGCUGCCUGAAAGAUUGGCGACAAUGAUCGUCACCUUAAAGACGUUACAGCAGCAGACGUUCAAAAUUGAAGUGGACCCGUCAGAAACGGUGAAAGUAUUUAAAGAAAGGAUAGAAGAGAAGAAGGGCAAGGACUACCCCGCACAAUGCCAGAAACUAAUAUAUGCAGGCAAAAUCCUCAGCGAUGACUCCAAAAUGAGCGAGUAUGACAUUGACGAAAAGAAGUUUGUGGUCAUCAUGGUCACCAAGCCCAAACAGUCGGUUGAUGCGACGGCCACGACACCGGGGCCCGGUGCAACAUCAACGGUGGCGUCUGCGGGGAUAGCAAGCGGCACCACCACGCCUGCGGCUGCGGCAGCGACUGGAAAGCCGGCUGCGGAAGCGCAAAAGCCUGCGGAGGCCCUCAGCGGCGCCUCCAAAAGUCCAGCGCAGUCACCGACGCAUUCUGCCGCAACCACACCUACCUCGUGAGUGAAGCCAAGC